CGCGUCGAUCGGACUCGGUACAACUGACAUGGAGAACACUAACUCGCCUCCGUCGUGGGGCUGUACGGAGAAUAGCGGCUUAGCUCGACUAAAGCAAUUAAUGGCGGCCGUGCCAACAGGCAGUGUAUGUACAGUACGAUUUGCUACAAUUUGUGAGCGACAUCUAACGAAUCAUCGUGUGGAAAAAAAGUGUACCAGUGCACAGUGUGAAGGAAUACAGUCGCCUGGGAAAAUGAUUUCAAAAUACUCCGCAUACUAUGAACUGGAGCGGGCGCGAAACACCAGAGGAAAGGAGACGCAUGUGCGUCCACGUACCGAACACGUUGCCGGACGCUGAGCUGAGCUGAGCGCGCGGUUCCCAUUAGCGCAAUUGUGCCCAGAGAUAUAUAAGACGACACUGCGCAGACGCAUGAGCCACGAGCUGUACCGAGUAUACAAACAUACUGAUUUCAAAAAGUUCAUGAACCAUUGCAGACUACAGUUUGCUAGACAAGUAACGCGAAUUCCGGAAAGUAAACCGCUAAAUUUAUGUUCAGAGUAGAACCUGGAAGAGGUUGUCGACUUCGUGACAGACUCCAAAUACACUUUGGCUGUGUAAUCAACGAAAAUGCGCGUGCGGCCAGCGUACAAAGAACACAUCAUAAAGCAGUUGACUAUAUUGACUUGUCCAGUACAAAAAUUUUCCAUUGGUUCUAGGUAAUCCUAGGAGGCAUUGUUACUAUAUUACUGGUAUUGUUACUGAUUAGAUAAAAACGGAAACUGCUUUGCAAACUGAUUUGAUAACAACAAUCAUAAUACUUGAAACAGCUGGGUUGAGCUGAAAGGACAGAGUACUAACGAAUCAGUUGUUCAUUGCCCGUACCAUCGAGCAGAGUUCAGUGCAUUCCAAUAAAUCAGUAAGCCAUGGCUACUUCAACAAAUGUAGUGGUUAGAAAGACUGUUAAAGAAGAUCUCGCUGAUAUCAUAAGGAUGAUACAAGAACUGGCGGAUUUUGAAGGUAUGUCCAAUGAACCCCAGCUAACGGUUGAAGAACUAGCCCGUGAUGGUGGCUUCAGCGAAGAAUCUCCAGUGGCUGCUCCAGUAUUCCAUAGUUUUGUUCUAGAGCUUACGGAAUCAAACCGGACCGAGGAUAAUAAAGAAAAAAUAACGUCAUCGGUGUCUAACGAAGGACCUUCGACCCGCACCAGCCUGAUCGGUUAUGCGAUCUGCUUCUACUCAUACUCCACUUGGCGCGGUAAAUCGUUGUUCCUAGAAGACAUCUACGUGAAGCCAACCUAUCGCAAGCAUGGCUAUGGAAAGCUGCUGUUCAAGGCGGUUUUGAGUCAUGCCCGGGAAACUGAUUGUGUACAUGUCAGUUUCCAUGUUCUUGCCUGGAAUCCGGCCAAAGAGUUCUACAUCCGAAUGGGGGCGGAAAAUUUAACGGAAAGGGAGCAGUGGCAUCUUUUCCGACUAUCGCGGGAAACAUGAGGAGGGUUUCAUUCUUUUUUUUUUAAGUUGUGUCCUGCCUAAUCAGUAGAUUACAUAAAGAAAAUGAUUGAUGCAAUGAAAA